AUGGAAGUAUCCGAACAACAACCUCUUAUAAAUGACAGCAUUAUCCUUGACGAUGAAGAAGAAAGGUUGAUUCCAGGCUCGAGUAAUGAAGGUUUGUUUUAUCUCUUAUUUAUCCUUGACCGAUGAUCGUUAUAUGACCAUGAUCACUCUCCCGUUCGACGCGGGUAACGCUGUGACGUCGCUAUCACUUGGUAGUUUAGUUUGCAGGAUUAAAAGCUUUGUUAUAUAACAAAGCGCGGUUGACAAACACUUUUGAUUCGUGUGGUUGCAUGUAAAGUAAUAUUUGAAGCGUAAUGUGCAAACACAUACUCAUUGUACUUUGAUGGGGGAAAUCAGAGAGGAAAGAGUUUGCUCCUCGAUAACGACAGUUGUUAUUUUACUGAGUGACUCAUGUUUAUUGUAGAGCUUGGUAUUUGGUUCUGUGCGGGUUUUCCCUUUCAGUCUUCAAAAUUCAGGCCGGUUCGCAUAAAUUUAGAUGAGAAAAAGGGGAAGAACUGGUCGAGCGGUGAGCGUGAUAUUAGAUAAAGGCUUGUUUGGUUGACUAGCGGGCAUUUUUUGAUUAUAUAAAUUUUUAUCUUCUUAUAAGGUUUAAUUAAAUUAGGUAAUAAGUAUAAAAUUUUCUUGUGAAGUCCACGUCCAGCCUUACAGUAAUGCUGAUUAAUUGUUGCAGCAGGCUAUUUGAUGGAUAAUGAUCUCAAGAGGACAUCAGAGGAAGAAGGGUCGGUCGAAAUAAUUCCCGAUGAAGAGACUAUCGAAUAUUUGGUGGAGAUUCCCGAUGACAUUGAACAGGUAUCAGAAAAUUGCUAAAGCUGAGGUUUCAUAUUUUCAGACUGGAUUCAGCUUUCGAAAGCUUUGGGCGUUUACUGGGCCCGGUUUCUUGAUGAGCAUUGCCUACCUCGAUCCAGGAAACAUAGAAAGCGAUCUUCAAUCGGGAGCGACGGCUCGUUAUCAGGUAAGUAAUGUUAUCUUUUAACACCCUGGUAGUUUAAAGUUGUCUUUGAGUGCCUUAUCAGUGAUUGUUUUAGUUACUAUGGGUUCUAUUGUUUGCUCACAUCCUUGGAUUUACAUUACAAUUGCUUUCCGCCCAAUUGGGAGUUUUUUCUGGUCGGCAUAUGGCAGAGAUCAGUCGAGAAUUCUAUCCAAAAGGCCCGAGAUUAUUCCUCUGGAUUAUGAUUGAGAUUGCCAUCAUUGGAAGUGACAUGCAAGAAGUAAUUGGGACCGCAGUAGCCAUUUACAUGUUGUCGUAUGGAACGAUCCCGCUUAUAGUUGGAGUUUUAAUCACGAUGGCUGACACUCUGACCUUCCUAUUUAUCGAUCACUUCGGAUUCAGAAAACUUGAGGGAUUCUUUGCCGUUUUGAUUACCGUCAUGGCAGUUACUUUUGGAUUCGAAGUGAGUUUUUAUAUUAUUCUAAAUUUUACAUUAUCUGUUUUUAAUUUUUUUAGUUCUUUACUGUUAAACCGGAUGCUCUGGAUCUGGCCAAAGGAAUGUUUAUCCCUUGGUGUUCUGGAUGUGGCCAACAAGAGUUUCUUCAGGGGAUCAGCGUGGUUGGGGCUGUUAUUAUGCCCCACAAUCUUUAUCUGCACUCGGCUCUGGUCAAAAGUAGGAGAAUCGACCGAACCAAAAAGAAGGCGGUCGAGGAGGCUAGUUACUACUAUUCUAUCGAGUCCGGGGUUGCUCUGUUCUGUUCCUUUAUCAUCAAUAUGUUCGUGGUUGGAGUUUUUGCACAUGGAUUGUAUAAUAAAACGAACAUGGAAGUUGUAAGUAACUUAAUAUUUAUUUAUUCAUUUACUAGUCAAUGUUUUCUGAGUGUCUUUCUUUAGAGAGAGUCCUGUAACAACAAAGCUGUGCUGGACCCAGAUAUUUUCCCCAUGGAUAACAAUACAGUGGAGGCGGAUCUCUACAAAGGCGGCAUCUUCCUGGAAUGCACAUUCGGAAGGUUGGCGCUGAUUGUUUGGGGUCUAGGAAUUCUUGCUUCCGGGCAAUCGUCCACUAUGACAGGCACUUAUGCCGGUCAGUUUGUGAUGGAGGGCUUCUUACACAUGAACUGGCCGAGAUGGAGAAGAGUGAUGGUAACUCGAAUGAUCGCCAUUGUCCCCACUUUGGUGGUCACUCUCUUUGCUCAAGGUGUAAGGUCUCUGACCGGAAUGAAUGAUCUUCUCAACUGUGUCCAAAUGAUCCAGUUACCCUUUGCUUUACUUCCCAUAAUCACGUUUACAGCUAACGCGAAUGUAAUGUUCGAGUAUAAAACCAGCAAGUAAGUAUCAUAUAAAAGUUGUUUAUAGUUUCAGGAAGACCCAAUAUGCUGCGUUGAUAGUGUCAAUCAUUGUAAUCGCCAUCAAUUUGUAUUUCUCGACGGAUACGAUCUUUGGUUUCUUCGGAACAUCAUGGUCAACGUAUCUUCUGAUGGCUGCCCCCAUAAUAAUAUAUGUCGUCUUUGUAAUAUAUUUGUUCUUUGUUUGCCUCCAAGUGAUGGGUAUUUGUACUCCGAGAAUAUUUGAUGUAAGUUUUCAAUGAAUCGUUUAAUCGUAGACAUUCAAAUGGCCGAUUAUAUUGUUUCAGAUCAAUUUCUUGCGAGCUCAACUCGGUCCCAUAUCAGUGAAACCCCUGUGGAAAUUGGCCCCAUCAACCUCGGACUAUGGAUCAACGACUCACUCGAAUCCCACUGUAUCUUAA